AUGAUCAAAAUGCGCUACAAAGAUGUUUCAAAAUACGUCAUCUGGCCAGACUGCUCGCUGCCGGAGGAAUAUAAUCAAGGUUUUUUGACUUUUAACUCAGAUCGUUCGAAACGCACAGCAGUGCGAUAUAAUCAUGCGGGUAAUCAUCAGGCGGCUAUUUUGAGGCUAAAAGGAGAGGAACCAACAACGAAAGGUUUACCAAUGCGGCCAUUUGGUUCACCGAGGACUUUUCCAAGAACUAAGUCACAAAAAAAUCAGCCGCAAUAUACAAUUUAUCCAGCUCGUGCAUUACCGACAACAAGUCUGGCAACUGUUGAAGAGGAGCAACAGCAGCAACAGAAACUAAGCGUUCCAUCGUCGGAUCCUCAAACUACAAGUAAAACUUUGGCCGAAAUUGAAGACGAUCGAACACCUCUGCCACGACGGAUGAUCAAUUCUGUACGACGAUCCGAAUCCAGCGAUGAAGAUGAGCCGGUCGUGCGUCUUGCAGCAUCCGGUUUCCGGGAUGAAUCGGGUUUCGUAGAGGACAACGAUGAUGAUGAUGAUGAUGGUGGUGGUGGCGGCGGCGAUAAAGCUGCAAGUCCCGACGAGCCCGACUUACAGAUUUGGAGGUUAUAG